AAUACCACCAUUUCCUUUUCGUUAUCCCAGAGAUAUUGUGUAUGUUGUUCUCCCCGAACUAUACGUAAAAUUUAAGUUUAUACCAAACAAAUGUGACCUUUCAUUGAGCGUGUUUUAGUUUUUAUUUUUUAUUUUAAUACAUAUUAAAUAUGGAAUCUUCACUCAGCGAAGAGGAAGGCAUAUACCACAACGUUAUUGAGACAUUAUAUCAGACUUUCGGUCAAGUGCUGACUAGAGAUGUAAUAUGUGCAAUAGUUGAAAGUUGCUACGGAGAUGUGGAUCAAUCUGCAAAUGCUAUCAUGAAUAUGACACAUGAAAAUGAACAACAACCAUCACCAUUAAAUGUCGAAAAUAAUAGGGAAGAUCAACACACAAGAACAGAAUCAUUUGAUCAUAUUCACGUCGGUGAAAGUAAUAGUGUGCAAAAUGUAAGGGAACCUCAAAAUGAUAACCAAUUAGGGUUCAAUCAAAACAUUCAACAACAUACUGAACCUUAUGAGUCAAGUUCAGCAGGAAAUAUGCCACAAGCUAAUUCCAGUUACUCUGGAAUGGCACAAAGUGCCAAAAGGCCUGGUAGAUAUCGCAAUAAGCAGACAAAUUCUUUUCCUGUACCAGAUUCGAACUUCUGGACAAGUCAAAUUAAACAAAUACUAAUGCAUCAUAAUAAAGGUAGCCGAAUACUAAUAAUUAUGAGAGGGGUGCCGGGAAGCGGAAAAACAUAUUUGGCUAAUAGAAUUCUAGAAGCAACUAUUGGAGGCAGCAAACUUGAUUUCGCGACACAUAUUUUUUCAGCUGAUAAUUACUUUAUGGUAAAAGGUUUUUAUCGAUAUGACAAAAUGAAGCUUCAAGAUGCUCAUAUUUGGAAUAAUGCUAGAGCUAGAAUCGCAAUGAAGCGAGGCGUGAGUCCUGUUAUAAUUGAUAAUACAAAUGUUGAACCGUGGGAAAUGGAGCCCUACUUAAGAGAUGGAGUAAACAAUGGCUAUUUGAUAGAAAUUGUAGAGCCAAAUACCUCUUGGGCGAAGAAAGCAAAUCAACUAUCCCGCAAAAAUGUUCAUAAUGUACCAUUGCUUACAAUUAAAAGAAUGCUUGGCAACUUUCAGGAUGACAUUACUGCAGAAAGAAUGAUGAAUUACUAUAAAUUGUCUUAUCCAGAUCACAUGAUGCCACCUGUUUUAAGGAAUUUUCCUGUCAUACCAAUACAAUCGGUCCCCAUAGAAAACAAUUCUAAUGCUGAUGGUAAUGCGGUCCCCACCGUUCAACGUUCAGAAGAUGAUUGUGAUACUACCCAUGAAAAUAUGACUGUUCAAAAUAAAGAAGUCUAUUUGUCUGGCUUGUCAAAUCCUCAUAAACAAAUUAUGACAGAUGCAAAAAAUGAACAAUAUCAGAUGGGCAAUACUGUAGAUCAUAAUGUUGAAUCAAAUAUGCAAAUAGAAGAACUUGAACAGAUUCAUGAAGCAUGGGACGCUAAUGAAAAGUGGGAGGACGAUCAGGCAGAAAUUAAAAUAAAAUGUAAAGAAAAUUAUGAAUCUUGUGAUAAUGGGAUUUCAGGAAAUUCAAAGCCGCCGCGAAAAAAAUUGAACAAAUCGAUGAGAAGUUUAGAAGACAUAAAAUCAGAUAUAGAUAAUUUCAGUCACGAUUGGACAAAAAUUGACAUGUUUAAUAAACCAUGGGAUAGUACCUGUAAAUUAGAUGAAAAAACACCUCCAAUUGUAGUUGAAAAAGUUAGUAGAGGUACUAGCAUAGAUCCCGAUGAUACAAAUUUUUAUAAUGAAAACAAUGCUCGAAAACUUUUAAGCACGGAACCGAGAGAUAUAAAUCGUAAUCACAUGCCUCUUGGGAAAGAGAAAAUUCCUGUUCAGAGAAUGUUUGAUAAAAGCUGCUAUAUUAAUGAACAAAGUCUAGAGUAUAUGGACUAUGAUUACGAAAGGGCAUUUGUAGAAUUAAGGAAUAGGUUUUUAUGUAUUCCGCAAUCCGAAGUGAGGAAUGUGUUCGAGAUUUGCUAUGGUAAUAUUGAUUGGGCCACAUCUAUUUUGGUCGAAGGCGUGGCUAACAAUGAAUUUUCAAGGGUAAAAAGUGAAGAAGAGUCACCCGAGAGCGAUGAACAAGGCUUUUGUACUGACGAUAAAACUUUAAGACAAGCUGAUUCCGAUGCAAAUAAAACUUCAUUCAUUGAUUCCAAAGGUAGCACAAGCGCGACAGCUGAUCAAAUCUCAAACGAAACAAUAAAUAAUAUAAGUCCCUAUGAUAUUUUACAACCGACCACAAACAUGAAACGAGAUCAAUUAUUAGAAAACAUUUUAACACCUAGAAAAAGUAAAAAAGCUAAUACAUCUGAGCAUCAUAUGCAUUUAAAGCGACAAAUAGAGAAAAGUAUUGUUAUAUCUGAUAAUCAUUAUUCACAACAGUGCUUAAAGUUAAGAAAUCAGCGCCAAGGAAUUCAGUCGAAAGUUACAGCUAAUGAAAACAGUAAUGAAGAGAAUGUUAACAUAGACAAUACAGAAGUUUCUCGCAGUAUUCAAGGUCCUGAUGAACAAUUACCAAGCACUUCCAAUGGACUCGUGGGGAUUCAAAAAAAUUGUAAUAAUACUGGUUACGGAAGUGAAAAUAAUAGUGACGACAACGAAAACAAUUCACCUAAACCUGAAAAAUACGUAAAUAUUAAUUUGAGUUGGGAUCUUAUCGCGAAAUUAGAUGAGGAAUUUGGCAGAGAUGAAAUGGUUUAUCCUCAAUUCAUUACACCUAUAAUUAACAUUCCACAGUCUUUGUUAAAUGAAAUAAAUGCUCUUUGGAUGGAAUCCUAUAUUAAUCAAUCACAGGCUAAACAUCAGGAAACAGAGUUAAUGAUGCAACAAGAUGAAGAAAUAGCUAGGGAGUUAGAGAGCCAGGAAUUUGAAUUAUACGCGGCAGAGGAGUCGAAAAUGUCUGAUGUUGAAGAAGUAACGGAUAAUGAAUUAGCAGUAUCGUUGCAAAGAAAUAAUAACUCGAAAUGGCUUCAGGGUGAAACUAUGACAAUGGCAGCUAAAUUAACAUUGGAAAAACUAAAGUUCUGCUUUGCAAAUGUAAAUCCCAAAGUUUUAGCCGAUGCGUUAAGCAGUCAUAAUAACAAUUUCAACAACACUGUAGAGGCUCUUUUAAUAUUCACUGGACAAGAAGAUAUAGUGCAAAGGGAAAACGGAGUAAAAGAUUUUAUCAUGGCUAAAGGAAUAGAACACCGAGAGAAACAACGCAAUGAACGUAAACAAGAGUUAGCAAAUUCUGAACCGCUGUUUUCAACGAAUAAAGAAAAAGUUGAUAUGAAGUUGGUGCAAAGUUAUCGUGACAAAGCAGAGGUCCACUUAAAGAGAAGAAACCAAAUGCAUCAGAAAGCCCGUGAUUCCAUGUCUAAUGGUAGAUUGCGAAUUGCUAUGUACUAUUCAGAGGUCGCCGCGAUGCAUACACAGAAUUACGACCAUUUUAACUCUUUGGCAGUAUCAGCUCUCAUACAGGUGGGAACAGCCAAAACUGAUUACACGGCGACAUUGGAUUUGCACUUUUUACGAGUUAAAGAAGCUAUGGUGGGCCUCGACCUCUUCAUAGACGCUAAUUUAAACAGACUCCGCGAGAUUCAGGCGACGAGUAAUAUAAGUUAUAUGACCUUGUAUUUUAUAACGGGCCGCGGCUUGCACAGCUCCGGCUUGCCGAGAAUAAAACCCGCCGUUCAAAGGAGGCUUCGUCAAAGAGGCUUAGACUUUAGUGAGCGAAAUCCCGGCUUGCUCAUGGCUAAAGUUUAUGCGAAUCAUGGAAUGACCCAUGAAAUUGCCUAGCAUUCGGCCAUGGCAGAAAGACUUAGAAUGCAGUCCCAUCUCGUUACAUAUCAAGUUACCAAUUACUAUUGGUAUUCAUAUGUCGGUAUGCAACCGGUUGUAAACCCUUUCGUACAACCGCAACCUCUUGUCCCUGUUAUAGUGCCGACAAAUGUAUUCUAUUACUCUUAUCAAUAUUAUCAAUACUACCAGUAUAAUGGGAAUGUACAACAAAGGAACAACGAGUAAACUUCAUUCAUGUAUAUACAAACUGUACCAUCAAAUGUAAUAUUAAUUUUAAGCCUAUGCAAUUGUCUAAGGUGUUUGGAAGUAAAGACUGCGGUGUGUGUUACCUGAUUGGCUUUAAAUCGUUCAUUUUCUAAAAAUUUACGAAAAAAAUAAUUAAAAGGGUGUGUGAUACUUGUCGAAUUUACGCGCUAAUGCGCUAUUUUUCGUUAUUUUUAUUUCUAAAUUGCGAAGACUUGGUCUUCUUGUGAGAGAUGUGAAAAGUUACUAUCAGAAUUCCUUUGUACCAAAUUGCUUAACUUCUUGCCGUAUGCUAUUGUGCGAUUUAACGCAUUUCUUAACAUAAACUAACCACAGACUUUAUACACAUAGACAAACCAAAGAUUUUUAAAUAUCCAAAACUAACUGUAAAUAUUUUGCUAUAAAGGAAUCCUGAUAUUAACGCGACGAAUGUGAGACUGACUUGCAUAGGUGUUAAAUUGUACAUACAUUAUAAUAAUGUAUUCCUACUUUGUAAUAUACAAGAUCCGUAAACGCACGAAAUUAUUGAUAAAUAUGUUCAAGGGAAACAUCAAAUAUUGGUUGGUAAUACUCGCCACGAAUCUCUUAUUACUCAAAGUAACACUCUCGCGUAUGAAUGUAAAAUUCAGGCCCAUUCACACUUAAGUGCAAGCCAACAGCGAUUGGGGGUUUAUGUAUAUUUUUAGUAUAAAUCGUGCGAGUUGUAUCCAACUAUGCAUAACCACUACUCUGACUAAAUAUUUAAUUGCUAGUUGCUAUUCAAAUUAGUAAUAAUAAUAAUAAUAAACAUACAAAAAAUCGUUAAAGACUUCAACUAAUCAAAGUAUCAAUGGACCCUUAGCUCCAAUGUGAACUUUUAUGAGUGAACCGGCAGACGACAGAACUAAAGUUUCUGUGAAUUCACAACACUUAUUUAUGACUACCUAAAAAGCAAGACAAACCGUGGCGGGUAUUAUACUAAAUUAUUUCUUUUUACUUUUAAUUUCAAUUUCAUAAAGUUUUUCUAAAAUUAUUUACAUUACAUUUAUUGUAAUUUGCCGGGAGUUUUUUAAAAAUGAUCUGGCGACUUUUGCUCAAAUUUUAUAAGACCUUAUUUUCUCUCUAACUCAUUUGUUAAUAUUAUUUAGAAUAAUUUUUAAUGUAGGUUGUUUAGUUAAGAUGGACUACAUAUUCACUAAUCCGACAAUAACAACUAACUUUUAUGUACAUAUGUUGAUUUAUCACAUUAAUCUAUUUACCCUUGUAAAAAUAACAGGGUGUCGUGUUUUCUAAACCCGAAUUAGAACGCACAAUACUAUUAGAUAUGUUACAUUUUUUAUUUCGGUUAAAUAGUGAAACUUGGAUUGUAUAUUAUAGUGCUAUCAACUAUAAAUAUAAGGAAUUUUUAUGGUAUUGGAUUAUGCCUACUUGUGCUGUAAAGAACAGGUAAAGCAACAAAUAUCUUUGUAUUUCUUAUAAUGUGUGUGACACAUUAUGAUAUUUUGAGGUUAUCUGUCAUAUCUCAAUGUAUUAACCACAACUUACCUAAAUCAAGAAGUCUAUUACUUUGAUUUUCAUUAGUUUUAUCAUUUUAAAAAGAUAAUUAUAAUAAAAACUACAGUAUUUUUUUAUAUAUAUGUUUUCUUAAUAUGUACUAUACUAGGUGGGUCUAAAAAUUCCUUUGUCACUUUAACCAUUCCGACAAUAUCUCGAAUAAUCUUCGAGGUUGCUCUUGCCAUAGAUAAAAGAUAUUUAUAAGUGAAACAACCGAAAUCGGAGUAUGCGUGAUAGAGCCAAGUUUCACUGUUUGAAUGUUGUUUUAGUUGAUGUUUUGUUAAAAUGUUUAUAAUUUUUGUUCGUUGGCAUAAAACCCUGAAAGUCGUGUUCUAUAUUUGUUAUUAUUUCAGUUACAUAUUAGGUUACCGUGUAAAUAAUCUAAGGAUAUCGUUUGUAUACAAUACGUGCGAAUAAACGCAAGUUUUUUUUAUAAUAACAUUAAGAGCCUGUCCCACCAAAUUGUUAAUUGUCUGAUAACAAUUCAAUAUGUAAAAUAUGUGAUGGAAAUAUCGGAUUUUGAUCCCUUAUCUGACAGUGACGUCAUUUUCAAGCUAUCUGUGACUCCUAUCAGUGGUGGGACAGGCUCUUAUAGUUUAAAUCCGGAUUCAGAGCCGAGUGAAUAUGUUUUAAAAAUAUAUUUUUGUACUAUGUUCCUUAUAUUUUUUUUACUUACUAUAAGAAUGUUUGGAUUAUUUUAAAAUUUGAUAGAUUCCUAUUUGAUAGUUUAUAACUUUCCAUAGUAAUGCAUGAAAUGUGCCAAUGCCUGCAUGACGUUUUUACCGAUUGAGACGUUACGUUAUUCCGUUUCUAUAGCACGUGUUACACCAAUUGUAACAUCGAUCACGGUUGAUUGGAGUUUGUACAGAAUAAGUACAGUUUUGAGAAAUUAUAAAACUUAAAUUGAGAAUUUAAGACGCGCCUGUAGUUGUAUUGAAGUGAUGACCUUCAGUGAUUUAAAUAAAGACAUAGCUUAGUCUGCCAACAAACUUAAUAAAGUCCAGUAAUUUAUGUACAGUAUGUAUGUUUGACCCCUUAAUGCAACUCGAUGUGGACUUACAUUGACGUCAUAUACGUUUUACUUAUAAUUGUGGAGAUUGAAAGAUUCCAUAAUUUGAAAAUCAGUAAUUUCUCAUAAAUAACUGUACAUAAAUUUCAAUUGCAACCAAAGAAAUCAAGAUUUAAAAUACGUAAUUUGCUCCUACCCUCGAAUCAGAUAUUGUUGUCACAAGAAUGAUACCAAAUUCUAUAUAUCAGAUACUUGAUGACGUCACGUGGGUUUUCCUUCGCCAAGUACAAGUGAACACCCACAAUAAUUGGCGCAAUUUUUUAAUUAGUAGUUGUUGCUGUAGUAUUUAGUAAAUGUUCAAUAGUAGCGUAGAAAAUUAGAUUGAUGUGCCAUAGGAAUAGUUUUAACCAGUAAUUAUUUUUUGUUGUAUUCGUAUAAUUUGAUUUUCGUUAAUUUAUUUUACACAGUUUUUUUCCGAUAGGUAUACUAGCUUUUGUUAAGAUAUGAUUUUUGUACAUAUACAAUUGAAGAAAAUGAGCACCAGCCAUUUAAAAAGGUACAGUACAAAUAGUAAUUGAAGUUUAGCUAAAUUUAUAAAAAAGAAAUACAUAAAUACAAUUCUUUUAGAAAUAUUUCUGACAGUUUUCUGUACUUCAAAAAUGUCCAAAACAUUUCAGAACAUACAAUUUACACUUUUUAGGUAAAUAUUUUUUUAAUCUUAAACAGAAUGAAAAUAUUAAGUACAAUUAUUUUGGUACAUUUUUUCAUAAUAUUAGUCAAUAAAUGUCAUAGAAUAGAAAUUGCUUAAAUAUGUGUCGUAAUAUCGAUGUUAAAUGUAUUUCCACUUUGAAAUAAUUGAUAGAUAACGGGCCUGAGCUAAAAAGACAUUCUUCAGCUGAUUCAAAUGACCAUUCAAUGUUCAAAGGUUUCGAUUGUCAAAGCUCUUGAUAUCCCUAUUUCUCUAUGAGAAAACAACAUGUGUCACGAACGUCUAUAAAAUGGAUAGGCAUUUUGGUGCUGUUGGUUUCGAUUGGUAGCUGUGGUGAGGAUUUGAACUAGUAAUAGAGAUAAACUGUCAGUAUAGUUAACAAACGCGUUUAAGUCGGAACGUAACAAAAUACGUCGUUUCCAAGCAUUCGCCUGUCCAUUUAGAGAUCAGUGGCGUUAAAACAAGAGUUAUAGCAUUCGAAACCACAGAUUAUAAAUACAAGCAUAACAGCCCGAACGCAUGUUCCACUUAUUAAAUAUUUUUUGGACUCUCUUGAUGUUUUAGUGGUAGUAGUAAACUUAUCUCGGUGUAACUUAAUGUUAGUAUAAACUUGGUAACGCAGUAAGGUUUAUUUUUAUUGAAGUUUAAUUUGCAUAUAAUAUGGAAGACAUAUUGGUCUUAUGCGACUUUUUUUUUUGCAAAAUGCAAAUAUUCCAUCUUAGGGUAAACUCAAUUCCAGAUUAGCCAUGAUUUUUAAAAGACAAAGAUGGUAAUGGGUCUACUAGAUUUCGAAUUCAAAAAUCCCGAUAUUAAGCAAAGGAUUCGGGAUGUUCAGUUUUUUUGCAAUUACUGAAUAGUGUGAUCCGCCUGUUACUUAGCAACUUCUCUAAAGAAGUUUCUUCUAUUUUCUUUUGUAAAUAAUCGUAUUUAUAAUCCUAAGUUACUUGGAACUUUUGAGUUCCAUCUUACUUUGUAAAACUUAUUUAUAUUAAAACUUAAAAAACUAUCUAUUCUUUUCGACUUUAAGCCAACUUCUAAAGUUAAAUUGAAUAUACUUUUUAUACGAAUAUUUAGUAAGUUAACCUUUUUUGUAAGCUGCAAACAUUUUCCUUUCUGCUUGUUCCGUCCGACAAUGCAUAGCAUUAUCACUCAACACCGUUCAAUAAAAGUAUCUCCGAUUAAUUUUA